CCAGAGUAUAAACUGGGUCACAGGAAACAGAAGAAACUGGCGCAGAGUUUGGCCGUCCGGUUUAUCUUUGUCCUCCGGUGGUUCCUCAAACCUUCACCUGUCAGGUGAGUUCAGCCCCCUGCUGCUCUACCUGCGCCGCGCAGACUCUGACACAACCGAGAGGCGUGCAGGAAACACCGAGAAAGAGAGUCGAUCGUUUUACCAGAGGAAGAUUGCCAACUCGGUUCUACUCAUGGCCCGGUUCUAGCAACUUCACGCAGCUCAAGAUGUUCUCCUUCCUGCGCUCAGGUAGAAAUCCCCCGCCUGAGAACAUCCACAUCUCCUCUCUGCCGCCCAGCAUUCCCCUGGAUCCAGAACCUGAUCUGCCAGGCCAACAAGACGACUCUGUGAAAAACCAGGAGAAAGCUGUCAUCCAGACCACACACACUUACCGAGGAUCCUCCACGCCUUCGGUUUUCCUCCAGAACCGCAGCAAUGAACCGGCUCCGACCACGUACUUUGAGCAGAGAGUCCCUGUUCCGGAGGAGGACACUGAGAGAUUGUUCAGUCUGCGUAAACUCUGGGCCUUCACCGGGCCCGGGUUUCUGAUGAGCAUUGCCUACCUGGACCCGGGAAACAUCGAGUCUGACCUGCAGUCAGGAGCUAAAGCUGGAUUUAAGCUCCUCUGGGUGUUGCUGUUGGCCACAGUCAUCGGCCUGCUGCUGCAGCGGCUGGCGGCGCGGCUCGGCGUCGUCACCGGGCUGCACCUGGCUGAAGUCUGCAACCGCCAGUACCCCACUGUGCCCAGAAUCCUGCUGUGGUUGAUGGUGGAGCUGGCGAUCAUCGGCUCUGACAUGCAGGAGGUCAUCGGCUGCGCCAUCGCGUUCAACCUCCUGUCUUCUCAAAGGAUCCCCCUCUGGACCGGUGUGCUCAUCACCAUUAUCGACACUUUCUUCUUCCUCUUCCUGGAUAAGUACGGCUUGAGGAGGCUGGAGGCCUUUUUUGGCUUUCUUAUCACUAUUAUGGCCAUAACAUUUGGAUAUGAGUACGUGACAGUGGCUCCUGACCAAGGCCAGCUGUUGAAGGGGAUGUUUGUGCCGUACUGCGAAGGCUGCGGGGCGGUUCAGCUCACCCAGGCCGUCGGCGUCGUGGGCGCCGUCAUCAUGCCUCACAACAUUUACCUUCACUCUGCUCUGGUGAAGUCUCGGGAAGUGGAUCGCUCGAAGAAGAAAGAAGUAAAAGAGGCUAACAAGUACUUCUUCAUCGAGUCGGCCAUUGCUCUGUUUGUCUCGUUCCUCAUCAACGUGUUUGUGGUCGCCGUCUUUGCUGAGGAGUUCUACCAGCGCUCAAACAUCGAGGUGAGCAACGUCUGCAACCAGUCGAGCAUUCCUCACUCCGACCUCUUCCCUGUGGACAACAAAACUCUGGAGGUUGACAUCUAUAAAGGGGGAGUGGUUCUGGGCUGCUUCUUCGGGCCCGCGGCGCUCUACAUAUGGGCCGUCGGGAUUCUUGCAGCCGGUCAGAGCUCCACCAUGACCGGAACCUACUCUGGCCAGUUUGUCAUGGAGGGUUUCCUGAACCUGCGUUGGUCGCGUUUUGCUCGGGUUUUGCUGACCCGCUCCAUCGCCAUCACUCCCACGCUGAUGGUAGCCAUUUUUAAGGACGUCCACCACCUGACGGGCAUGAACGACUUCCUCAACGUGCUCCAGAGCAUGCAGCUGCCGUUCGCCCUCAUCCCCAUCCUCACCUUCACCAGUCUGCCGUCUCUGAUGAACGACUUUGCCAACGGACUGACGUGUAAGAUCAUGGGAGGACUGGUGAUCCUGUGCGUGUGCGCCAUCAACAUGUACUUCGUGGUGGUGUACGUGACGGCGCUGAACAGCGUGUGGCUCUACGUGCUCGCUGCCUUCCUCUCCUUGGCGUACCUCACAUUCGUGGGCUACUUGGUGUGGCUGUGUCUGAUAGCGCUGGGCGUGUCCUGCUUGGAUCCGAGCUCCAGGAGAGGAAACGACUCGACCAUCCUGAUUCAGGAGCAGCCGGAGUUUGACUCCUGAGCCAGAAGUAGAUUAAACUGGACCUUUGGAUCAUCGGUCAACCCAGAACCGGGUCUAACUCUGACCAGUUGGAUGGUGCUAAAGUAUUUUUAAUCAUCUGUAAUGUAUAAUCUGUUUCAUGGUGUUUUUAUCUUCAUUGUGACAUGUUAGGAAGCUGAAGGAGAGUCAAUUUUUAAGUUUUUCAGUGCAAAGCAGAGCAUGGACACAGGACAACACCUUAGCAUGUUGUGCUAGCGUGUCGCUAACACUCACUAUGUUGCAUGUAUACAGCACUUUCCAAAAUUAAUAUCAUCUUUUUGGACUUCUCCACAUUUUGUCACAUUACAACCUAAAGCUCCAAUGUAUUUAUUCAGAUUUUAUGCAAAUUGGGUCUGGAUUGUGAAUGUGAAGGAAAGUUAAUUCAGAAUGGAUUCCGUUGAGAUCUACUUUUAAAUCUCGAGGAAUAUUCUCAGUUGGAUUACAGUCAGGACCGUUAUUUUUAUUUCCAUAUUAAACCUCUAGGGGCUUCAAAGAACAGCGGGAUUUAUUUAAAUCAAGAUGACAAUAUGAUAUGCAUAUUUACUAACUAGGCAACUUUAGGAGGAAAUUAGUUGUCAGAAGUUUGAAUCAGGUAAAAAAUGAUGUGGUUAUUGACUUGUGCAAAUGCUAAAACGCAAAUGCUAAAAUUGUAUGAACACAAUUCAUACAAACUUCAAAACACACAAAAUCAAAAUGCAGCAGAAAAAUGCUGCAAACACAACAAAAAGAAACAUCUUAAAAGAUGUCGGCCAUCGUAAAAGAGGAAUACUUGUCCACAUUUAAAUAAAAAACAUUUGUGGUUGAAACAUGACAAAAUUUGGAAAACGACAAAGUUUGAUGUCAUUAAGAACAUUUUGCAUUUUAGCAAGAAGAAUAUUUUAAUAACUUGAAGGUUUUUAUGUGGAUUUUUGCUGCCCUGUCUUCCAUUUUAGUCUGAUGAACAAACAGGAAAAUCAACAAGAUAUUGUGUUCAUUAAAGGUACAGUAUGCAACUUUUAUAAUAAAAAAAUAUAUUUUUUUACAUGUUUGUUAAAACUGCCACCAUUUUCUGUUAGUAAUAAGACAGAUAAUCUGUGAUAUAAAUCGAGCUCUUGUGUUUUCUCCCACAGCUGAAUAUAAACAACCAAUCAGAGCCAGGAAGUAGAUCUUAGCAAUGUCUAUCAUCCCUCUUUCUGCCACCUUUUCUCUCUGCUAUGCUGCAGCUAGCAUAGCCUGUUGUGAAUGCUAGCCGGCAGAUAAACAUCUUUCCUAGCAGUGAGUUGUUUCUCCGCCGUCAGCUCAUUUAGCAGCAACUACUCGAGGUUGAUUGACAGUGCUAAGACCCUCCUCCUGUUUCUGAUUGGUUGUUUUUGGUGCAUUUCUUCAGACUGCAAUAGUAGCUCAGGGAAAAGGUGGAGGAGAUUGAUCAUUUCCACCUAUUAUCUCUCAUGUUAUACUGUCACAACAGUUUUAAUAAAUAUGUACAAAACUUUUUUUAAUAAAAGUCGCAUACUGUAUUUUCAAAUGGUGCACUUGAGGUCGAGUGGUAUUAAGAAUAAGAUAUUUACAAUUAAAUAUCCUCUUGAGGGAAUAUUUUUGUAGACUUUCAGAGUUGUUUCCGUUUUUGCCCACAAGGAGGCAGUGCAGAGCACUACAAGGAGAUGCCAUCAACAUCUAAACACAGCUUACAACCAACCCAGGGGAUUAAAGGGCAUGUUUGUGUGUUGUGACAGAAGCGGCGGCUCUUCUCUGUCCAACGUAGCGGACAGCGGCUGUAAUAUUUGGGUUUUUAUUCAGAGGUGCUGCUGUUGCACAAAUGCUGCGGUGGAGCAGCAAACAUUGAGCAACAUUGAGCUGAAUUCCAGCGUCGAAGGAAUUUGGUCUUUACGAGGGAAGGUGGACGGACAGGUUUUCUUCCUUGCAUCGAGACGAGGAACUUUUCUUUCUCUUUUACUCUCUCUGUGUCUCUGUGGCUGCCGGUCAUGGAGGCCGGGUUAUGUAAGAGUUCCCACCGCCCCUCUCUGUUUUUGUUUUUCUCAAUGAGCCAAUGUCUCCCUGCCUAGGCCUCACAGCCGGUCCGGUCCUGUAGGCCCCUUUUCCUGGAAAUAGAGCCUUAGCAGAGGCCAGUCAGGGGCAGGCCUGCGAGGGUGGAGGGUGGGUGGAGAGGUGGGGGGGUUCUUCCAGCAAAUCACAUGAUUAUUCACCCUACAGCCCCAGCCUUACAUGAAACUCAGAUGCUGCAGCAAUAUGUUACCAGCUAGGGUUGCAUUCAACAAGGCUGAAUGUUUGUUGAUGCACCGCUUGGUCUGUCACCAUGACAAAUUUUACUGGAUGAUAAAUUGUCCCAGAAAUCAUAGUGAUAAAUAAUAAUAUUGUCGUUUUGAGAUCAUUUUCAAGUAUUACAAAUGGUAAUAAUGACAAAAUAAUACAAUAAUUCAUUUUGAAAGAUCAACAAGCUUCCUUUUCCUUUAACACUGGAAAAGGAAGACAUUUUAAAUAUUCAAAAUAAAUAAACAAAACAACAGAAACAACUAAUAAAUUGAAUUAUGAAGUCUCUGUAAACAGAAAUUGAGCUAGUUGAGACCGAAGCACCAAACUGAAGAGUUUUAUCAUCCAGCUUUUGGUAGAAAGAGAGAAACAUGCAAAUGGAAAUUAUUGAGCCUGUCUUAAUUUAUCAUGCAAUUAAUUUAUUUGUUGCUUAUUGUGACAGACCUGUGCAUGAAAUUCUUGAAGACGGUGGUUUGGAUGCCUGUGGAAAACCACUAAAGAUGAUGAAAGAUAUUUGUUUAUUUACUUUAUUUAUCUACACAGAAAGUCUUAACAGAGAUCCAGAUCAUUUCCAUCACCAUUUCCACUGCUUUGAUCUUGAUUUUUGAAACAACCAACAUCAGGAAGGAAAGCUUCCUGAAAGAAAACUUCCUGAUGUUUUAUUAUUUUAUGGAAAUAGUGGUUUCUCUUCAUUGUUUUUAACUUUUUUAUUUUUGAUCAAAAUGUUAUGACUUGUGCAUUAUUGUGUCACCAUGCGGCCGAUGUAAACAUUUGUUUUUUAAAUGUUUUUGAUUGAAAUACUGAAAUACUUUUGAAAUGCUUUUUUUUUUUUUGCUAAGCCACUUGU